GCCGCCAUCCCUCGCUUGCGUUGGCGGGUGGCCACCAUGGAGGAGAUGGUGAUCUGGGAGCAGCACACAGUGACGCUGAGCAAGGUGAGCACGGCCCGGGGUGGCCAUGGGAUGGGACGGGGUCUGUGGGGCCGGCUCUGCCUGACCCCUCUCUGCCCAUCCCCACUAGGACCCUCAACGGGGCUUUGGCUUUGCUGUCUCUGGAGGCCGGGACCAUCCCAACAGGAUGACCGGGGACAUGGCGGUGGUCGUUUCGGAUGUGGUGCCCGGGGGACCGGCAAUGGGCCGGCUCCAGUGAGUGCAUGGGGAUGUGGAACGUGGGGGGCGCUUGCUGCCAGUGGAGACAGAAAGGGCAGUGAAUUGCUCCUGCUGGGACAGGGCCACCACAGCUGCGUUUUCCCUCCCAGGAAGAAGGAUCACAUCGUGAUGGUGAAUGGCCUUUCCAUGGAGAACGUCUCGUCCUCCUUCGCCAUCCAGACACUUAAAACCUGUGGCAAGAUCGCCAACAUUGUGAGUGUGCCCUGCGGCGGGAUGGGGACCGGCAUUGUGCGUGGGACCGCACCGUGCCUGUCUCCAUCCCAGCUCCCCUGUCCCACACACCCUGGGGGUCCCGUUCGGGGCUUGGAAAUUGCUGUAGAAACAUCUGGCAGAGACGGCUGGCCCCACCAUCCUCUCCUUCUCACUUUCCACCUGCAGACACUGAAAAGGCCGAAGAAAGUCCACCUCCCCGCCAGCAAGAGCAGCCCCGGGUCCCCCACCGCGCCCCGGCGCUAUGACUCGGAUGAGGACUACAGGUCGCACGGUGCGGAUCCGGCCCUGCACCGCUCCCGGGAUGACCUGGACCACAGCCAGGGCUAUGAUGGGGACUCGUCCAGCGAGAGGAGCUCUGGCCACCACCGGGAUGACCGCCGCCACCACAAGUCAGUGUCCCGGAGCCAGAGGCGAAGCCAGGACAGCAGCCACUGGAGGCAGAGCCCCGGCAGCGACUCGGAUCAGAGGGGCUACAGCCGGCACCGCUCUGCCAAUGGCUUCAGCCACGAACAGGACACCAACGGGCUGGCGCUGGUGUCGGGAUUCAAGCGGCUGCCACGCUGGGACGUGCCGAUGAAGCCCAUCACGUCGGUCCUGGUGAAGCAGAAACAGAACGAAGACUACGGCCUGAAGCUGGGAAGUCAGCUCUUCAUCAAGCACAUAGUGGAGAGCGGGCUGGCAGCGAAGGGCAGCUCCUUGCAGGAGGGAGACCUCAUCCUGAAGAUCAACGGGGUGGCCAGCGAGGACAUGUCCCUGGCUGACACCCAGCAACUCAUCGAGCGGACAGAGGGGACCCUGACCCUGCUCGUCCUCCGGGACGACCUGCAGUUCCUGGUCAACAUCCCUGACAUAGAAGACAGCCAGAGUGACAGCUCCCGGAUGGAUGAUAUCUCUGACAUCGACUCUGAACUGUCCCAUCCGCCAUCCCCUGAGACCUCCCCGCGACCUUCAGCUGCUGCCAGGAUGAAUUCACCACCGGAGAGGAGACGAUCGAACAGGGACCCUGUGGCCGACACGACCGUGGAUGAUGCUCGGGGCCCUGACCUGCUGGAAGCUGUGGAGGGGGAUGGCUGCCGCAGCCCCCACGCCAGCCCUGCUGCCCGAGCUGCUCGCAAGGACGGGUACAGCGCCGACUCCAGGGUCGUGCACUUCGUGAAGGCCAAGGGCGGCGGCCUGCGGCUGGCCGGCGGGAAUGAUGUGGGCAUCUUCGUGUCGAGCGUGCAGGAGGGGAGCCCGGCCGACAGCCAGGGCAUCCGGGAAGGGGACCAGAUCCUGCAGGUGAACAACACCAGUUUCCAGAACCUGACCCGCGAGGAGGCCGUGGAGUAUCUCAUGAGCCUGCCACCGGGCGAGGACGUCAUGCUGUGGACCCAGAGCAAGCAGGACAUUUACAGGAAGAUGAUCUCGUCCAAUGUGGGCGACUCAUUCUACAUCCGGACGCACUUUGACUUCGAGAAGGACACGCCGUCGGGGCUCAGCUUUGUCCGUGGGGACGUCUUCCACGUGCUGGACACCAUGUACCGGGGCAGGCUGGGGAGCUGGCUGGCUGUGCGCAUGGGCAGGGACCUGCAGGAGCAGGACAAGGGCAUCAUCCCCAACCAGCGCAGGGCCGAGCAGAUCGCCAGCCUGGAGUCGGUGCUGAAAGCCACAUCCAGUGCCAACCCCUCUGGGGCACGGGCCGAGUUUUGGAAGCUGCGGGGCCUGCGAGGAGCCAAGAAGAUGCUACGGAAGAGCCGGGAGGACCUGUCUGCCCUCACAAAGCAGGGCCGCUACCCGCCGUAUGAGAAGGUGGUCCUGAAGGAAGCCAGCUUCAAGCGGCCGGUGGUGAUCCUGGGCCCCAUCGCAGACAUUGCCAUGCAGAAGCUGAGCGCGGAGCUGCCUGAGCUGUUUGAGAUUGCCCCGAGCGUGCCCCGAGACGGGGCAUCGGCCAAGGUCAUCAAGUUGGACGCAGUGCGGCAGAUUGCAGAAAAGGACAAGCAUGCCUUGUUGGACAUCACGCCCUCGGCUGUGGAGCGCCUCAACUACAUGCAGUACUACCCGGUGGUGGUGUUUUGUGAGCCUGAGAGCCGGCAGGGCAUCAAGGCCAUGCGCCAGUGGCUGGCACCCGACUCCAGGAAGAGCUCCCGGCGCCUCUACGCCCAGGCCAGCAAGAUGAAGAAGUACUGCAGCCACCUCUUCACCGCCACCGUCAGCCUCAGCGGCAGCAGCAACACCUGGUACGAGAUGAUCAAGGACAUCAUCAGGACGCAGCAGAGCCAGCCCGUUUGGACAUCGGCGGAGCAGGCAGACGUGGCCCUGGAGGACAGUCUGGGACUGCCGCACCCGCCGCCAAGCGCGACCCCCUCGGGCUACCUCACCUGUGACAGUCACGCCAACAGCGACUACGAUGACACAGAUGGCGAGGCAGGCGCCUACACUGACGGCGAGGCCGAGGACACCUACGACCAGCCCGGGCUGGCCCGCUCCUCUGAGCCAGUGCAGACGUCCCCAAGCCACGGCCUGAGCGAGCAGGUGACCGAGCAGCAGCGGCAGGGCCAGCGCUACGACAGCAUCAGGUACCCUGCGCAAGCCCGGGGGUUAAAGCAGCCAGCCCGGGGGCUGGGGAAGGGCCUGUGGAUCCAGUGCCAGCUCUGCCUGGCCUGACCCUGCCCAGCAGCGGCCUGUCACUGCCACUUGUCCACCGGGUGGCAGAGGCAUCACCGCAGCUUCUCAUCCCCCAGGGAAUAUGAGCACGACGCUGUGAGGAAGAGGUUCACACGGGCCAGGGACGACUCGGACCAGGACGAAGGCUACGAGUGGGGCCCAGCUACAGAUGUGUAG